UUUAUCAAAACGUGUCCGUAUAAUUCGUCUCUUUCUCACAUCCACAGCUAUAAAUAGAGCAUGCACGCUAGCUUCUCCCCGCACCACACCACCUGCAUCCUCUUCCUUCUCUGCUUUGCUCUCUCUCUUUGAGAUUCAAAAUGGCCACGAUCCUUGCCCAUCUCCUUGGCAUGGAACACAAAGCCAAGCCUCACCAGAUUGACCAGAGCAUGUGGACCAACCUGCUUGCUUCUUUCGACGACGAGAAGUUCAUGAAGGAGAUGGUGAACACUCACGCUCCUGAGGAAGGAGACGUGGAUGUUCAGUCUCUCUUCCAUCUCGUCGACAACACCCUUCAUGGGACAACUGCUAUCGUCGACUCCAUCGUCAACCCUAAGGGCACUCAAGGAUCUGGAAGCCCUGAUUUCAAGCCUAUGAAAGAGGGCUUCAAUCCACCUUUAGCAGCCAUCAACGAAGUGGGUUGUCAGCUCACUUGCAAGGCGCUAGACACCAAAAAUGUGCGCCAAACACUGGUCUCGCUCUUUCACGAGCUAUCGAGCUACUCGUGGGUUAACAAGGCUCAGAUUACCCUUUCAUCACUUGCUGUGUUCUAUGGUGACUUUUGGCGACUUGCUCGAGUUGAACCAUCGGACAAGCUCGCGGAAUCUAUGGCCAUAUUGAAGGGGUUGCCUGCAAUCACAAAGCCCUCAGACCCGCAAAAGGUCCAAGUUUUCGGUGUUCUCAACGAAAUGAUCAAGACCACCCUGAACAUGACCCAAUGCAUUGUGGAUUUUGAGCAUGACUCCAAAGAUGUUCCCGAGCUGUCUACGAUGAUUGAUGUUCCAAGCAGCGUUUAUCAGAUCAUCAUCAGUAUCCUUGCUUGCUCUAUUCAGUUCACCAGCCUCAUUAGCACGGUCGAUGACAACAAGGGAAAAGAUCUUCCUAUCUUUGCUCGGAAAGUGAAGAUGAUCCACCACACUGUCAAGAGACAUUACGAACAUUUUUUACAAAAAAAGGAGGAAAUUAAGGAGUAUCAGAGGCUGCAGCGACUCUUUAAUGCCCCUACCGAUAACGUGGAGCUGAUCAAGGCCUUGUUUUACAUCAAGGAUGAUCCUCAGCCUCUCUUCAUUGGCUCAAAGAAGACAAGGGAUAAGGUCGAGUCACUCCGGAGGAAGAAUGUGUUGCUGCUGAUUUCGGACCUCAAAUUGACCUCUCACGACCUCUCCAUCCUCAUCAAGAUCUACAAUGAGCGCAAGUUCCACGAGGAGCGCUACGAGAUCGUGUGGGUCCCUAUCAUCGAACAAGAAGGCGAGGACGUGAUCAAACAGUUCCAGAACCUCCAGUUGCAAAUGCCGUGGUACUCGGUGCACUCCCCUACACUUAUCAACAGGGUGGCCAUCAGGAUCAUUAAAGAGAAGUGGCAUUUUAGGCAAGACACCAUGGUGACAGUAUUGGAUCCACAAGGAAAAGUCUCAAACCAAAAUGCCAUGAGCAUGAUUAGAGUUUGGGGAUGGGAUGCUUUCCCUUUCACCGGUGCAGUCGCAGCAGACAUCUGGAAGAGGCCUGGCAUUAGCUGGUUUGAGCUUUUGGUGAUUGACUUCAUUUUUCCAAAGAUACAGGAAGCUAUCAAGGCUGAGAAGUACAUCUUCCUGUAUGGAGCGGAAGAACCCAAGGCCAUCCAGGAGAUUGAGGAGUCGCUAAAGAAGAUGAUCGACGAUGGCUUUUCCAUCGUUGCCUUCAAUGUCACCAAAUCGCAGCUCUUUUGGACCCGCCUCGAGAGCUGCAUGCUCUCCAAGCUACAAACCAGAGCGGACCUGCACGAACCCCUUAUGCAGGACAUCCUCAGGCUCUACACCAACUUCAAGAAGGACGGUGGGUUUGCGGUCCUCACAAAGGGGUCGCAGGUUGUGAUCAAUGACUCCCACGUGCACGUCACGAAGGUCCUGGUGCAGUAUGAGACGUGGAAGAAGCAUGUGAACGUGAACGGGAAGACGUUCGACAUGGUCUUCAGGGAGCAGUUCGACCGGGUCUACAUCCUCCCGAGGUGCCACCACUUCUAUAUCCCGAACAUGGUGGGUUACAUCCCGGAGGAUGUGAAGUGCCCUGUCUGCCCGCGUAUGAUGAACAACAUUGUCAAGUUCGAGUGUUGCCAUGGUACACAUUAGUCAAGUAACGAUGAGAGCGUGCUCCGUGAGUGCUCUAUGUACCCCAAUAUAAUGAAUAAAGAGGGCUAGCUUAGUGUCAGCCAGCCCUCCUCUGUGAACUUUGUCUAUGCAGUAUGAUGUAUGGAACAACUAUGUUCCCGUACUGUCUCUAUGUAAAACGUUUCCACUUGAAGCUUGUGCUACUAAGUACUUGAAGCGUCGGUUUUGUUCUCAAUAAAAUGCUUCUCUGAGCACUUGUGCCUCAUGACGAUUAAA